AUUACUGAAUCUACCUGAGCUACUUUGAUUCUAUGGAAUAAUGCUGAAAUUCCAGGAAACAGUUAAGCAUGGUACAUCAUUUAUACCUAUUUCUAUCCACUCAAAAACACUGAUUGCAGGAAGAUACAAUAUUUAUCAAAAACUUGGACGUGGAAGUUUUGGAACAGUUUAUCUGGUUUCUGACAAGAAAGCAAAAGAAGAACAGUUGAAAGUUUUGAAAGAAAUCUCUGUGGGGAAUCUUAAGCCCAAUGAAACAGUUGAAGCAAAUUUGGAAGCACAAUUGUUGUCCAGGCUAGACCAUCCAGCCAUUGUUAAAUUCUAUACAAGUUUUGUUGAAGGAGGGAGUUUUUGCAUCAUUACUGAAUACUGUGAGGGUCAAGACCUCGACUUUAAAAUUCAAGAGUACAAAAGAAGUGGCAAAGGAUUUCCUGAAAGUCAAAUAGUAGAAUGGUUUAUACAAUUAUUACUUGGAGUAAACUACCUACACGAAAGGCAAAUACUUCAUCGAGAUUUGAAAGCUAAGAAUAUUUUUUUGAAAAAUAAUCUGGUUAAAAUUGGGGACUUUGGAGUUUCUCGACUCUUGAUGGGAUCCUGCGAUUUAGCAACCACUUUCAUUGGGACACCUUUCUACAUGAGCCCAGAGGCAUUACAACACCAGGGUUAUGACACAAAAUCAGACAUUUGGUCACUUGGAUGCAUUUUGUAUGAAGUGUGUUGUUUGAAUCAUGCGUUUACUGGUCAUAGUUUUUUGUCUAUUGUUCUGAAAAUUGUAGAGAGCAAAACACCAUCUCUUCCAGACAAUUUUCCAAGAGAACUUGAUGCUGUCCUGCAUAGAAUGCUAAAUAAGGACCCUUCACUGAGGCCAUCAGCUGCAGAGAUUUUAAGAACUUCAUACAUUGAUGAUCAGUUACAGAUUAUGAAAUAUAAGCACACAAAUAUAAGCAUACCAAUUAAAAAGGAUUGGAUGUUGAAUUCCCAGGAAGAAGCUGAUCAUUUAAUAAGUGCUGUAAAGAAAAAGGUACAUCUCCAAACUCUAAGGACCAUAUCUGAAAUGCAGAAAAUGACACCACGCGAACGGAUGCGAUUGCGGAAAUUAACUUUAGCUGAUCAAACAGCACAGAAGCUGAAACAGUUGGCUGAAGAAAAAUAUCAAGAAAAUCUUAAAAGAAUGCAAGAACUUAGAUCCCGUAAUUUUCACCAAGUGAAUAUAGAUGUGCUUCAUGAAUCUGAUCAACACAGUUCAGAACGCCUCAUUAAAUCCCAGUCUGUCACUGCAUUGGACUAUUUUUCCCAAAGGGACAAUAAUACAAUAGGCAGACUUCAUGAAUCUAAUCCAGCAGAGCAUGAGUUCCCAGAGGAUCCUCUUACUGCAGAAGAAUAUUAUAAUGAUGCAUUUGAUUCCUGCUCAGAAACAAGUGAAGAAUCAGAUAGUGAACAGGAAGAAAAGAAUGCGUCACAGACAGUACGUAGAAUAUAUUCACAAGACAGUGAUAUCGAAGCAAUGGUCCAAUACAUGGAAAAUAUUGUAGAUAUCAAUUCUGGAGGAACUAGAAGUUUCACUGAAGUGACUCCAUUGGGACCUGUGAGAUUGAGAACACUCAAUAAUACUAUGGCAACAACCAAGCUGAAACAUAUGAAGGAGACAGCCAUUCAAAAAUUGGGAGCAGAAAUUUUUGAAAAAGUAUAUGAAUUCCUCCAACAAGCAAGACAGAGGAAAGCAAGUGAAGCUGAAGUCAAAGAAUACCUUGAAAAAUUGGUAUCUCGGGCAAGUGACUGCUUUGAGGUAGAUCAGCUUCUUUAUUUUGAAGACCAGCUACAAGUCUCGGAAGAUAUUUUGAGGAGUGAAAUCAUGGGGUUCUGGUCUUCCUCCAAACAUAGACUUGGAACUCUGACCCCACAAGAAGAAGAGCCAAGCCCAUUGGACAGCAACUAUGAGGACAACCCCUUGGCAAGUGGGAUGAUUGAGCCAUCACUGUGCCCAUAG